GGAAGUUGAACCUCUUUGCGAUAUACACAAGGCCAGCUCGUUGAUGGUCUCACGUCAUUGGCUAGGGCGAGAAAGUGGUGGUCAGCUAGGUUCAUCGUUUCACUGAACGACAGAAUACGUUUCAUUUGCACCACAAACCAACGGCAGCACAGCGCUUGGCAGGCCGCCGACCAGGGCUGAAAAUCGGUUUUCCUCAAACACCACCACAAACACCGGUCGGGCGAAGGCCGUGUGUUUGGUCGGAGGCAGAGUUCUGUUGAGCCGCUCACGGCGUCCGGAAGGAAGGUCCCACCACCUUCGUUGAGUUCAACCAAGUGUCAAGGAUGUGCCAGUUCCGAGUUUUCUAGCAUCGUUCUACAGUGAAAGAGAGUUUAUAUUCGUCAGAUUGUAAGGAAUAGUAUCCGGAUAAAACCGCAUGGACGCCUUUUCAACGAAACGUAGGCCACAGUACGCGACGGACGGUGAUUUCCACUCACCGACACCAUAUUCUAAACAAGCACAGCGAAGAAGGAAUAUUUUUUCCGAACAAGAGGUUUUCCGCAUGCUCGCCCCCCAAUUGGAUCCAUUAGCGAGGCGUCACGAUCGCCAUAAUCGAGAAGAAUGGAUAUUAUCAGAACGCCUGGAAAUAUUAAUUUUAAUAGUAACGACAGCAGCGGCAGUCUUGAGCCGCUGUUGCGUAGUCCCAAGCCAAAGGACAAUAAUGGGCACCAGGGAAGCUCAAUCGCAUCCGGUCAGAAUCCCGCCCACCAUUCAUCCUCUAACGAUCAGCGUCCGAGUGGGAGGAACGGCCUAAAAGCUGGCAGUGUUGACAGUCAACCUAUUGUGCCCGCUGUGCAGCAACAGGAGCAGCAAAACAGGGGCAGUGGUAGUGCGCAGUUGCGACAACCGCCACAAUGCCCCUCGACUGACUCGGGCAACAGUUCCAGUGUGAGCAGCAGUAGCAGCAGUGGCGACGGUGGUGGUCGGAGUAAUAGUAGUAGUGCCAGUGCCUCCGGGGUUAAUGUCGAAGAUCCAGAGACUAAACCGCAACCUCCUUCCGGUGAUAGCGUGAUCGCUGAUCAACAACAAUCACGCACGACGGCGACGGUCAAUCGCAAUGUGUACGUGAACAAAACGUACGACUGUGGUAGUGCUAGUGCCGAUGGCGAUGUCGGUUCCGUGUCCGUGGUUUCGAUCGACGAAGGUAUCGACGAGCCUUCCAGGUCGGUGGGACCGAUCGUUUCUGGUGGUGUUGGUGAUGGCGGCUGCGGCGGCGGCGAGGAAGAGAUCAAACCUUUGCUCGAGAUGACCAACGAGCGUCGGAAGAGGAAGAGCAUUGUGAAGAGCCCCUCGAACCAGAGUUUUGGCGAAAAACCGGCACGGCUGCUGAGUCUACAAUUUUCGCAACCGGAAGGCGUGAUGGUUGCCGAACGUCCUGUGCACCACGUGCAGUUUAGCAGCGCCAAACAGCACUUGGAUUCGGACGCGGAAGGGGGCGAGCGACUGACGCUGCUUGGUGAAACGGGAGGUUCUGGCGACGCCGCGACGGGUUCAUCGGAACCGAUGUGGCCGCCGACCAGUCCGGUCGGUAGUAUCCUGUCACACGGUUCAGCAUCUUCUUCAUCGUCCGGCUCAUCGUCAUCAUCUUCCUCGAACGGCAACAGCUCGCUCGGAGCGUACGCUGAAGCACGACCACCGGAUGGUGGUUGGGGCUGGGUUGUCGUCUUCGCCUCGUUCAUGGUGAACCUGAUUGCGGACGGCGUAACGUUCAGCUUCGGUGUAAUGUACAUUGAGCUGCUAUCAUACUUUGGCGAGGGCAAGGGCAAAACGGCCUGGGUCGGAUCACUCUUCAUGGCCAUGCCGUUGCUCUGCGGUCCGGUAGCUUCGUUUCUCACCGAUCGCUACGGUUGUCGCAAGGUAACCAUCAUCGGUUCGAUACUGGCCUCCGGUGGCUUCGCACUAUCCGCGUACGCCACCUCGAUCGAGAUGCUGUACCUCACGUUCGGUAUAAUGGCCGGAUUUGGACUUAGCCUGUGUUACGUGGCAGCCGUGGUCAUCGUUGCGUACUACUUCGACAAGCGACGCUCGUUUGCGACCGGUCUGUCCGUGUGUGGCAGCGGUAUUGGAACGUUUAUUUUCGCCUCCCUUACGCAAUUCCUGCUGGACGCGUAUGGAUGGCGCGGUACGACACUCAUACUGGCCGGCGUCUUUCUCAAUAUGUGUCUCUGUGGGUUGCUGAUGCGUGAUCUGGAGUGGACAACACACAAAUCGAAGCAACGGCGCCGCCGCCAACAGCAGCAAGCGGACUCGGUCAGCACCAGCACCAACACGGCUGGCGGUGCCAACACAACCGGAGGGCUCGUGAACGGCUGCAUCGUCGGUGAAGGAAACGGUGUGCUGGCAACUAACGGCGGCAUGGGUGGUUUGUCGGAACCGAUGAGUAACCAGCAAGCGUACGAUCUCGACGAUCCACGUCUAUUCAGCUCACUUAUCACGCUUCCAACGUAUCUGCAAAACGGUGCCUCCGGACACGAAAAGAUUCCGCUAGAACUGCUUACCAUGCUAAGCAAACAACGCAACGUGCACGAUCACCAUUUGCUCCAAAGCUUUCCUCCCAAGAUGAGCAGUUCGCACAGCUUCAGUCAGCCCCUCUCGCCGCCCAGUGGUGGUGGUGGCGAUCUUGAGGAGCACAGUGUAGAAUUGGCACCCGGUGACGACGCAAAGGAGGUGGAAGGUGAAACGAAAGUGAACAGUAACGAGGCAGGUCAGCCAUCGCGUCAACGAGCUGCCGGUGAACAGCGAGCCGGGGCAAGAGGACGGAACGCGGCCGGCCAGAGGCAAUCGGCCGCCCAGUACGACCACGAAGGGCUUCCCGUGUUCCUGCGUCGGGUGCACAGCCACAGCACCCGCGGUACAAAUCCGUCACUAACGGCGACUUCGGCGAGCCCCCAUCACACACCGACGACGACGACCGCGUCCUAUCUGAAGGACUUGCGCAUGCAUCGCCAUUCGCUCACGUACCGCGGUGCUAUGCUGAACAUUCAGCGCUACCGGCUGCGUGCCUCCUCCUGUCCCGACAUCUACCGCAACUCGAUGACGACGAUCGCCAAGGAGAAGUCGGCCUGGUUCCAGGGUGUGGAAGAGUUCCGAACACUAUUUGUCAGUAUUCUGGACUUUUCCUACUUCUCCGACAUGCACUAUCUGCUGUUUGCCGUGUCCAAUUUUUUGCUCUACACGUUCUACGAUGUACCGUACGUGUACCUUGGGGACUAUGCUACGCAGAUUGGCUUUAGCCACCAGCAAUCAUCCCUGCUGAUCUCGAUCAUCGGUAUCCUCAACAUGGUGGGCGAGGUUGUGCUCGGGUGGAUGGGAGAUCGGAAAUCGGUGAACGCUAACUACACGUAUGCGAUCUGCAUGGGAUUGUGUGGAAUAGUGACUGCCUUGGUACCUUUAUUUAAAGAUUACACACACCUUUCGGCUCUAGCUGGAGGUUUUGGUCUGUUCAUAGCAGCAAACUACUCGCUGACCAGUAUUAUCCUGGUGGAACUCAUCAGUCUGGAACGUUUCACGAACGCCUAUGGACUGUUACUUUUGGUACAAGGCGUUGCCAACCUGGUAGGACCACCAUUGGCAGGGUGGAUCUCAGAUUUAACCGAAUCGUACGAUUUGUCCUUUUAUUUGGCUGGGUUUUUCAUUGUGGUUUCCGGUGCCCUGCUGUUGGUGCUUCCUAUUUUGUCGAAGGUUCGCAAAACGAUCGAAACUCGUCGCCGUAGCUCGGCCCGUGCCUCCGACGAUACCGCCAGCGAGGAGGCUAAUUUUGGUAAAAAGAUUUCUUCCGGUAGUGGCCACCAACAUAAUAAUAAUCUUUCUUCGAAAUCGAUUGUUAUGGAUCUGAAAACGACGGUCAAUGGCAACAACCAAAGUGUAACUGAAUGCGACACGAAAGGCUCAUCACCAAACGAUUUACCUACGACGCGUACGACUGCUGUUUACGCUGAUCACGGUUUUGGAGUGGAUAGUAAAAACGUUGGCGUAACUGUAUAAGGUAGUUGGCAAGGAGGGCGAGUCGCCAACGGGUCGCCAGCGUGUGACUUCGACGGGGGAUUUGUGCCCGAUCGAUCGGUUUCUUCCAUUGACGCAGCAUAUGCAGUUUACGAAUGUAGUUCAUGUAGCCAGACAAAUUAGUUUUUUCAUCGUUCUUAUUUAGAAAGUGUCCCAUUGUUUCUUCCCAUUUAUCAAUCAAAAUCAUCAUUGAAUGGUGAAGUGAGCUAAACCAUUGAAUUUAAAUCCCUUAAAGUAGAGCGUUUUUUUUUAAAAACAGUAUAUGCAUGUAGAUUGUCGAACACGAAAUGAAACAAAUAGAGCAUUGGGCGAAAGCCUAGAUACACUUUCAGCACAAACGACCGAUAUCGUGCCCGAUAGUUCGAGAUAAUAAUUGCAAAAGGUAACAGUAUAAACGACGAUUACGAUAUAUAUACCUCAUAAUGUACGAAAAGCUAUGCACUCUUCACAACACACGAUUUCAUUGUGUGGUUUGCUAAAGGCAAAAUUCAGCUUCCGUUUUUAUUUGACAUAACUGGUUUGUAUCCCUGCUUUAUUGAUUUCGAAUAUAUGCCACAUUCUUUGAAAUUCAUGAAAUGUGUUGAACUUGGUUUAACAUAGGUCCUAAUUCAUUUUAAAUCGAUUGGCUGACAAGGAGUUUCUGGCAGGAUAGCAACUGUAUCUAGAUAACGUAUAAAACCUUUUUGAACUAUAGUCUUCUGAUGCCCAAUGUAAGAACAUUCAUCACGUUAGGUACAGAUAAUCAUGAAAUGAGAAUUGAUGCAAUGAAACCAAAGUUGAUGUUUCAUUUUAGAAACGAUGAAUGUUGAAUAAAAACUAAAACCGAUUGGCUCAUUUGUAUGUAACUAUACAAAAAAAUAAGGCGAAAUCAAUAAUAAGAUGGCAAGAUGUUCACUGCUCACUAGUGCUCGGCAGAAUGUGUUUUUUUUCACUUAACAAUCUUUCACUUCUCAACGGUUAAUAUGCACGAACCGAUCAAUUUGAGCAUUAGUUUGAAGUUUAUGCUUCUGCUGUGCAGCAGAAGAAUACUAUUUACAGCAAAUCAUUUGGUGGAAAUGGCAAACUUCAUCUUUGAAUCAUACAAAACUGCUACUUGCAGAUGGAUUUCGUAGUGGGCGAUGCACGGAGCGCAGAAAUAGUAAUUAAAAUAUGAAUCAAAUCUGAACAAAAGCAUGUGUAAUCUCUAUUUGGUGGAGGUUGAGUUUUCGAACAACCGAUCGACACGAAAUCGUUGCGACUAUUGGUAAAUAAUAAAAGAUUUUUGGAAAAAAACUCUCCUUUAAUGGAAACCAACUAAAUUUUUGAACUUUGAAGCGAUGGAACAACCAACAAUUCUGCAAAAUAAUAUAAACUGAACAAAGGAGAUGUGAACGAGAACUGACAUUGUGCGUGUAACACUAGAGAGAGAGAGAGAGAGAGAGAGAAAGAGAGAGAAAGAGAGAGAAAGAGAGAGAGAGAGAGAGAGAAAGAGAGAGAGAAAGAGAGAUAGAGAUACAGAAGCAUAAAAGAAAUAUUCAUCAGCUGUGAUCACCUAGCAUAUUAACAAGCAAACUAAACUAAAUUGAAUUAGUAGAACAAAGCUAACCAGGAACAUCAACACGUUGUUAGAAGAUUAUUGAAAGAUGGAGAAGUAGAACACCAGAAUCGACAUGAGAGGCAGUAAUCACUAAUCAGGUGGUGCACCGGAUGAAUCUGGCAGAAUAUCGGAAGCUCGAAAGUAUGAAUAGAUAAAAGACCGUUUUUUAGUUCUGUUUGCAAAAGUUGUUUCUGUGUAUGAAACGAAUAAUUGUAAAAUAUUAAUCAAUUCUACUUUUGUUGGAAUGUAAAGAUGUAGCGAGUGAACAUUAUGGAGACGGUGACGCAUCGAUAGCCACCGAUAAAGCGAAACAUACAAUAUAGCUAUAGUAACUAUCACUUAAAAUGGGAUCAAACAGCCAGGGCGAGAGGCUCUCCAAUAGAUUGUGUAAACAUGCAUACGAUUAAGUUGAACACUCUGCCAAACAAAAUGGAAGAAAAUGACAAGUAGAACAGAUAAACAAAUUAUAAGUAAACUAUAUAAAUCAGCAAAUCAAAUAUAUUUUUAAGCAGGCGUGUUUUUCACAGAAAUCCCGUACGUCAAAAAGAGAGCGAACAGUAAGAAAUAAUUGCAUGAAGUGUGAGUGGAUUUGGUACGGUUGUAAAAUCUGUUUUGAUGAGAAAUCAUACAAAAGGAGUGUUUUUGGUUUUUCAAUAUUUAAAUUCAAGUUGCAUUCUGUUCAAUGGUACUCGUACCAAUUAUGAAUUUGGUUCAAGAGACUGGAAAGGUAAACAAGAUCAUGCUCUUGCAGUGGCGGUUGCCGGUAGGUAGACUGUACCCAUCUGCCGCAGUGCUCAUGGAGUUCUGGUAGCAAAGAAAUUAUGCAAAACAAAUUGUAGUAGAGCGUAACAUAGUAUAUUUAACUUAAAAUCUUUUCGAGACAUACUAGCAUAAAGUAUGUUUUGCUGGAAAAGUGUAAAUCGAAAGAACAUCUGAGAACCACACAAAUAUUACGCCCAUGAGAAUGCAUGGCUUUUGGUAUUUACAUUAACAAACUUUAAACCAAACAAUUGUUACAUAAAGAGAAAGGAUGAGAGAUCUUUUUCGACAUUUGUACACUGCGCUAAUCGCAUUGAAAACUUUUUUGUUUACUUUCGAAAUUGAAUACUUCGUCGAAUGACAUGUAGUGUACGUAAUAGUAUUUGCAUUCAAACAUGAAGAACUUCCCAUAAACACAUAGCAUAGAGGACACGACAACCAAAUUGAUAACAUUUGACUUGAUGCCCAUUCACUGUUUGUUCGAGUGUGUGAAGGGUUCGAUUAGAAAAUGGAUAAUGUCAUUUAGCGAACAAAUUAUAGAAAAAAAAAUCUUAAAUAAAACCAGUUUCAAUCGAACGUUGCGA